UAUUCAGUCUCAUGGUCUAUGGACCAGGCUUACCUACCGACCCCUGUCAUAAUUCAUCUGUCCUGUGUGCCCUCUUGGCUCCCAAUUAAGCCAUCUCUGCCUCCUCUGCAAUUGCGAGUUUCCCCGUCUCCCUCCCUCCAUGGCCUCCACUGCUCCUCGGGAGGACAUUGUGAUGGAGGACGAGGAGCAACGCCCACCCCUGGCGCGGGCUCUCCUCCACCGCAGCGCCACCAACAACAUCUCUCAGGUGGCCAUGGUCGGCUCCAAAGCAUGCCCCAUCGAGAGCCUGGACUACGAGAUUAUAGAGAAUGAUCUCUUCGAUCAGAACUGGAGGACGAGAGCCAAAGCUGACCAGGUCCGGUACGUGGUCCUGAAAUGGACCUUCUGCUUCGCCAUCGGGAUCCUCACCGGCGUCGUCGGCUUCCUCAUCAACCUCGCCGUCGAGAACGUCGCCGGUCUCAAGCACUCUGCCGUGUCCACCCUCAUGGAAUCCAGCAGCUACUGGACAGCCUUCUUCGUGUUUGCCGGCACCAACCUGGCCCUGCUGCUGUUCGCGACGGCGAUCACGGCGUCCAUCUCGCCGGCGGCCGGAGGAUCGGGGAUCCCGGAGGUGAAGGCCUACCUCAACGGCGUGGACGCACCCAACAUCUUCUCGCUCAAGACCCUCGCUGUCAAGGUCAUCGGUAACAUAGCCGCUGUUUCGUCAUCGCUGCACGUCGGCAAGGCUGGGCCAAUGGUGCACACGGGCGCAUGCAUUGCCGCCAUCUUCGGCCAGGGCGGCUCACGCAAGUACGGCCUCACCUGGCGCUGGCUACGCUACUUCAAGAACGACCGGGACCGCCGUGACCUUGUGACCAUCGGUGCCGGCGCCGGUGUCACCGCCGCAUUUCGGGCGCCGGUCGGAGGCGUCCUGUUCGCUCUCGAAUCCCUCUGCUCGUGGUGGCGGAGCGCGCUGCUCUGGCGUUCGUUCUUCACGACGGCGGUGGUGGCGGUGGUGCUGCGGCUGUUCAUCGAUCUUUGUGGGACGGGGAGUUGCGGGAUGUUCGGCAAGGGUGGGCUGGUCAUGUACGACGUGAGCACCCUGUUCGACGACCUCAUGACGUACCAUCUCAAGGACAUCCCCACUGUCAUCCUCAUCGGCGUCAUCGGUGCCCUCCUCGGUGCCCUCUACAACUUCCUCAUGAAGAAUGUACUUCGCAUCUACAACGUCAUCAACGAGAGAGGGCGUGUGCACCAGCUGCUGCUGGCGGCAGCCGUGUCCAUCCUGACGUCGUGCUGCCUGUUCGGCCUUCCCUGGUUCGCUCCAUGCCGGCCCUGCCCCACGGAGCCGGGGGCGCCCAACGGCUCCUGCGGUUCCCUGAACCGGUUCCGGCAGUUCCACUGCCCACCAGACCACUACAACGACCUGGCCAGCCUCUUCCUCAACAUCAACGACGACGCCAUCCGCAACCUCUACACCACCGGCACCAACGACGUCUACCACCCAGGCUCCAUGAUCGCCUUCUUUAUUGCCUCCUACAUUUUCGGCAUACUCAGCUACGGCGUCGUCGCACCAUCGGGCCUCUUCGUCCCCAUCAUCCUCACUGGCGCCACCUACGGUCGCCUCGUAGCCAUGCUGCUCGGGAACCACUCCGACCUGGACCAUGGCCUCGUCGCCAUUCUAGGCUCCGCGUCCUUCCUCGGCGGCACGCUCCGAAUGACGGUGUCCGUGUGCGUCAUCAUCCUGGAGCUCACCAACAACCUGCUCCUCCUGCCGCUCAUCAUGCUGGUGCUGCUCAUCUCCAAGACCGUCGCCGACUCCUUCAACUCCAGCAUCUACGACCUCAUCCUGCAGCUCAAGGGCCUGCCGCACCUCGACGGCCACGCCGAGCCCUACACGCGGCAGCUCGCCGUCGGGGAUGUGGUGACCGGCCCGCUGCGCAGCUUCAACGGCGUGGAGAAGGUUGGCCACGUCAUGCACAUCCUCCGGACCACGAGGCACCAUGCGUUCCCGGUCAUCGACGAGCCGCCCUUCGCCACGGCGCCAGUGCUCUACGGGCUGGUGCUCAGGGCGCACCUGCUGGUUCUUCUGAAGAAGAGGGAGUUCCUGCCGGUGCAGGAGCGGUACCCAAAGGAAUACAACAUCGAGGCCAGGUUCGAGGCGCAGGACUUCGACAAGCGGGGAUCCGGGAAGCAGGACACCAUCGACGACGUGGAGCUGUCGGCAGAGGAGAUGGAGAUGUACGUCGACCUGCACCCAUUCACCAACGCGUCGCCCUACACUGUCGUCGAAACCAUGUCACUGGCCAAGGCUCUCAUCCUCUUCCGGGAGGUCGGACUGCGCCACCUCCUCGUCGUGCCAAAGGCCUGCGAUAGGUCACCGGUGGUUGGGAUCCUGACGAGGCACGACUUCAUGCCGGAGCACAUCCUGGGGCUACACCCUGUUCUGCUCGGCAGCCGGUGGAAGCGGCUCCGGUGGCAAAAGGGCGCCGUCACCAAGUACUUCCGCUCGCUCAUCGUCUCGCUCGCCAACACCGGCUGAAGCAUGGACACAUGUAUAUAGGUGCAUUCUGGCUUGCAGAAUGCUGGGUUGAGGAUCAUUUUUGCGCAUUUGUGAAAUAAUACCCAAAGACAAAGUUUUUUUUUUUAGUUUCUAUGUAUAUUUGGUACGGAAAUGUGGUCUGUGUACAUCAGCUGAAUUUUCCAUGUAUUGUUCUUUGUGUACAUUACGACAGGAGAUCGAAGAUAUUCUUCUCGGAGUUCAAUGAUUGGAGGGUAUACAUAUGUUCAUGAUUAUA